AUGUCCUUUCUCAUCCAGGGAUCCAUUGAAAUGGGCACUCCAACGAUCGGGGUUAGUUUUAGCUAUCGGGUCUCUAGGUUUGGACUUGUGUCCGGUCGCGCGUUCAAUGAUUCGAGCCUCGCAAAUCUCGGCCUAUACGACCAACAGACGGCGCUGCAUUCGAUCCAAGAGAAUAUUGACGCCUUCGGCGGAGACCCUACUCGCGUCACGAUUCAAGCAGAGUCCAGUGGGGCUUUGUCCGUCAGAUACCAUCAUCUAGCGUACGAUGGACUUUUUCGCGCUGCUAUCACUCAGAGCAGUGCUCCCCUCAGUACGGCUGCGCUCAUCCCGUUGGACGAACAGGAACGCAUAUAUCAAGAUGUUCUUAACGCCACUGGGUGUACUGCCCCAAUAGAGCCCAUUGAGUGCCUGCGAAAAGCACCAGUGGAAUCACUUAAGGCUGCAUUCCAAGGGACUGGAUAUAUCUCUUCCGGCAUGUUCGGUGCUAUCAACACGGGGGCUGAGCUCAGAGCUGUGAUCACCGGGUUCAGGACCGGGAAAUACCUUACCAAUGACACCACUGACAGAAUAGUAGAUGGAUAUCCUCAGCUACCUAUCUGGGAAUUCAGAGCUAACCUGGGGACAGUUCUCAUCUUCCCUAGUUCGAAGUAUGGCUCACUAUACGGCUACAGCACAUUGCUCAAUCCGGGAUGCCCGUUUAUAGCUAUCUCUUUGCGGUUGUUCCUAAUGGUGCGUCCCCUCGGGCCCUCGGUGCUACUCACUUCCAAAGAGGUCGCCUUCGUGUUCAACAACUCCGAAGGAGUCGGGCUUACGGUUCCUCCUCUCUGUUCAUCCGAUGGCCAGAUGGAGAGGCGACUACGAGAUGUCAGGCGCAAGAUGGCCCUCAGGUUGCUCACUUGGAGCCGGAUACCUGGCGGUCGGGGGUUCAUUCAAAGUGUCAUCGAUGCCUUUGACGAGUACAAGUUCUGA